AUGGCAACGGCGACGCACAUCCCUGCCGCAGCUCUGGGCGACACAUUCAAGGGGGAAAUAUUUAGCAAGGAGGUGGAGGGUUGGCUUGGGCGGGCAACUCCUGCAGAUCGAGAAAGAUUUGAGCGCGUAUUUGAAUCCAUAAGGUACUUGCGGUCCAUCUCUGAGUCGAAGAAGGCACCGGACGCGCACGCCGGAUUUGUUCACUCUACUCUUAACAAGAUCAGGCAAAGCAGCUCACGGCCGUCCGCAGGAAUCAACGGCCGAACUUCAGUCCUUGCGCGCGGAUCCCCCGCGGUCGUCUGCAAUGGCUGGUCCUACACCGCCACCCGGUCCGCCUUUGACAAACCAGAAACUCGCAACGCUAUUCUCACAAUUCAAGAUCAGGUUGAGACCCUGCAAGAACAGCAGGCGCAGCAGCAACAACGGGAAAUUGACGCAGAAGCCGACCGGCCACAGAGCGCCCCUGGCCGCAGAACCGCUGCCUUGAGCACAGGCCGCACAGGAAGCCCAAGCGGCGCAGCAUCACCGCGACCACCGUCCCCACUACAUGGCGUCCCCGAGCCUUCCGGCACUGGUUUCGUGCCCCUGAACCCCCACGUCACACGAUAUCAGGAGACUUACAACCUCCGCAGCGCCUAUCCUGAAAUAUACGAGCAAGCGCUGCGAGACACCAAGGUGGAGCCGCCUCCCAAUAGCACCUUUAUCAGUGAAUGGGGCAACUCACUCAAAUCGGGUUCCGAGGACGCUCAUAAGCUUCACUUGCGCACCACGUACAACACGGUGAACGACGAAGUAGUCAAGUUCAAGACGGAUGCCGAAGCGGUUCGGGAGCGGGAAUUCUUCAAAUGGAUGCAGAAGCAAAAGUCCUUUUACGGCGACUUGCUAUCUAAGGAAAAAACCAAGGACUUGGACCAGUUGCUCGCGGGCGCAACUGACGAGCAAAAGCACGAGAUUCUGCAGGUUCUUCGCACACUUCACGCAGCCUCAGACGACUGCUUUGACAGGACACGCAGCCACAGUCAGGGGGUCCAUUGCCCCAUGCGACGUAUGGAGGAUGAGGCGACGGAGGCGAUGCGUCGGACGCACAAUAAGGUACGGAAUAUGGGUCAGCCGCUGGCGACGGCGACGGUGGCGCGGCGCGCCGCAACCGCCCGGCGGCCCGCCACGGCGGCGGCGGAGUUGAAGCCCGCGACGGUGAACUUGACGAUGGGGGAGCCAGGUGAAGGGUCAUCGGCUGCCUCCGUCGCCGGUAGCAGCCGACAGGGCAGCAAGGCGCUGAAGCCGACGCGACGGCCGGCGACAGCGGGUGCCGCGCUCGGCGGCAGCGGCGGCGACGGUAACGGCGGAGCCAAGGGCAGCGUUGUACGGCCGGUAUCUGUGCCGCCGCCGCAGCGCGCUGACAGCGAUAGAAUGGACACCUUCCGCUCCAAAGUGCCCCUUACGUGGCCUAGCGGCCGCACAGGUCCCGAAAUCACGUCGUAUGAGGAGACGUACGGCAAGGUUGGCGCAGGGCAGGUCUCCACACGGCCGCUGGUCGAUCAUGGCCGCAUCAUGUACGACAUUUAG